UGCAGUCAUCCUCUCAUACCAUCCCCUCAUGCAGCCAGGCUCUCUGUCCUCCUCGUGGCCUGCAUUAGCGUAUUGAUCUGAUGCUUCAAUUUGCUAGAUUAGUUUAAGCAGCCUUUUGCAGGACGGUCUCAGAGGACACUGAGGUGCAGCGGGCUGAACAGGAGCUGUUCGGAUGGGUAACGUACCCACUUCAGUGAAGCACUGCCUGAGCUAUGAGCAACUCGUCCAGGACUACCCGUGGCUUAAACGCUGGCUGCAGGAGGAGAAGACCAUCACAGGACAUGAGUACCCAGACUUUGUUAAAAUAGUCGAGGUUGGGCCGAGAGAUGGACUUCAAAAUGAAAAGGAAAUUGUUCCGACAGGGGUGAAAAUCCAGCUGAUAGACAUGCUCUCAGGAACAGGCCUGACUGUGAUCGAGGCCACCAGCUUUGUGUCUUCAAAGUGGGUACCGCAGAUGGCCGACCACACUGAUGUACUCAAAGGCAUCCAGAGAGCGCCUCAUGUUCGGUACCCUGUUCUGACACCUAACAUGCAAGGCUUUCAGGAUGCCGUCGCAGCUGGUGCUACUGAGGUGGCGGUGUUCGGGUCAGCGUCUGAAACCUUCAGUAAAAAAAAUAUUAACUGCUCUAUUGAUGAAAGCAUGCUGAGGUUUCAGGAAGUCAUUAACACUGCCAAAGUGCAACAAAUUCCAGUCCGCGGAUAUGUGUCCUGUGCCCUUGGAUGCCCCCACGAGGGACAAAUCGAACCGUCCAAAGUUGCUCAGGUUGCAAAGAGGUUAUAUGAAAUGGGCUGUUAUGAGAUCUCCUUGGGGGAUACCAUCGGCGUUGGUACCCCGGGCUCCAUGGUUAAGAUGCUGCAGAGUGUGAUGAGAGAAGUACCCAGCAGCGCUCUAGCAGUUCACUGCCAUGACACUUACGGGCAAGCUCUGGCUAACAUCCUCAUCGCUCUCCAGAUGGGGGUCUGUGUGGUGGACUCCGCAGUAGCCGGCCUGGGAGGCUGCCCGUACGCUCAGGGCUCAUCUGGCAACGUUUCAACAGAGGAUGUUCUCUACAUGCUCCACGGCAUGGGCAUUGAGACUGGUGUGAAUCUUCCCAAAGUCAUAGAAGCCGGCGAAUUCAUCUGCAAUCAUUUAUGUCGCAAAACAAACUCCAAGGUGGCCCAGGCGCUAAACAGGACAACGUGAUGUGUUUCUGUACAAAAGACGAGGGGAGAGUUAAGAGUUGAAAUCUUUGACUUUUAUUUGUUUUUUCCUCCAAAGUGCUUCCCCUGUUGUUGCUGCGUUCAGAACUGUUGCCUCUGCUGCUGUGUUUUAAAGGAUGCUGUUCCUCAUCAAAGUAUUUGGGAUUGUUUUUUUUUGUGUCCUAAAUCCGCUAGUUGUUGAUCCAUUAUGUAGCUUUCAAUUCAAUUUUUAUGUUUUUUAUUAGAAUCCGUAGUGGAGAGACAAUUAUGAUCUACUGGAACAUCGGAUUGUUUGUGAGGUAUUUUUGUUUGGCUUUUUUAUGGUCAGAGGUUGUGAAAGUAAACUAUGAAGGAGGUAUUAAUUUGGGAUAAAAUGUCCAAAUGAAUGAGGUCAUGAGUUACUGUAUAAGUGGCCUUAUACUCAUCUCUUUGCAUUAAUAAGGCGCUGACGCUAACUGCAGAAGAUGUCGGUCACUUUUGUUUUGUUUUGUUGCUCAGCGGCUCCAAUGGAAAAAGAGAAAAAGAAAAAGUACCCGGUGCAUCGUCUUCUUUCUGGACUCUGAUAUUGAUCCAUGUUAGACGAGGAGACAAGCUCCAAACACACAAGAAGCCCUUUGUUCUGUUUUUAAUAAGAACAUCUCCUCAUACUUUCAGCUUUGUUACCCGCUCAGAUCCAGUGUGAACAACAAUUGAAGACAAUUCAAGGGGUUUUUGAUCUCAGGUUAGCCAAAGACGAUUGAAGAAGAGCCCAUUGAUCGUACUAUUGCCAUUAAAAAAAAGUGUAACCAUGUCAUAAGCUUCUCCUCAGGAGGAUGUUGUGUGUUAGUGUUUCAUGUAAUGUAUGCUUUCAUGUGUCUCCUGUGUCAUCUCGUGCUGUCUUUAAAAUGAAAUGAAAUAAAAUAGAUUAUACAAACGGA